AGGAUCUUCAGGCUUGGUUAUAAAAUAUUCAGCGGUGAGAAAAGGAUCCGCAGGAGCCCGGGCCUGAGAUGAGCUUAGAGUCCUUGUUUCAGCACAUCAUCUUCACCGAGCAUCAGGCGGAGGAGAGUCGCCGUUUGAUUCGAGAAGGAAGAUCGGAAAUAACUCGAUGUCGUGAAAAAAUUAAGAAAGCAACAGAAACGCUGAAUGAAGAGAAAAUCAAGUUGGAAUCUAAGGCUCAACAGUUUUCUGAAAAAUCCUUCCUCUUACAGCUUUUGAAAACGCAUGAAAAUGCUUUAGAAAGGCAAUGCAGUGAAAUUACAAACCAAAGGAAUAUGCUUCUCCAAACCUUUGAGGCUACAAAGAAAAAAGCAAUAGAGGAGGAGGAAAAAUUUAUUAAGGAUAUUUCAGACUUCAAUAAUGAGUAUGAAAUAACAAAGAAAAGAGAACUUUUAAUGAAAGAAAAUGUCAAGAUUGAAAUAUCUAACUUAGAAAACCAGGCAAACAUUUUGAAAAUGGAAAUGAAAACAAUGGAACAUGAUAGUGGCUGGUUAAAUGAACUCCAAAAACAAAAGAGCGAAUUGGCACAAGAGUUACUUACUCUCCAGAGAAAACUUAAAGCUUUUGAAAAUGAAGAGAAGGAAUCCAUUUAUACUACCAAAUACCUAGAGGCAGAAAAAAUAAAAAUCAGUGAAAAGCCUCAAAAUGAUGCAGAUUGCUUAAGACUUAAAAAAGAAUUAGAACUGUAUAAGGAAGAUGACUUGGAAAGUGUUUAUGAAGCUCUCCAAACAGAAAUAGAAUUUUUGGAGCUGACAUUGGCACAGAAAAAUCUUCAUAAAAACAACUUCUAG